GUAAAAUUGUAACGAAACCGGACCGGAUGUUAGGAAUUAUUGUACCCGGUGUUUUUCCCCGUCUAAUUGCACGUACUCUAGAAUACAAUAUCGUUUAACGUUGAGGAUAUACAAUUAUAUAUAUAUUUUAAAAUGGUUUUAAAAUGUCAAGAGGACAGCUUUUUAACCGAGUGGAACACCAAAGUGAAGAGCUGUUCUCCAGCAAAGCUAGAGAUUGUAGAAAAUGGUAAGAAGAAGAAAAUAUCAGGAUAUGAAGUAAUCUUAGCAGACACCAUAUUGUUUCCUGAAGGUGGCAGACAGCCUGAUGAUAGAGGAACAAUCGAUGCCGUUCCAGUCCAUCGCAUCACUCGUCGAGCUGCGGAAGCCGUGAAUUUCGUCGAGAGUGAGUUAACCGUCGGUAAAGAUGUGCACCUCGUCGUUGACUGGGAACGACGAUUUGACAACAUGCAACAACACUCAGGGCAACACUUGAUUACAGCCCUUGCUGACAAAAUGUUUGGGUUCAAAACAACUUCAUGGUCACUUGGUGAUAAAAUAUCAUUCAUUGAACUAGACACUCCAGAAAUGACACCUGCUCAAAUGGCUUCUUUGGAAGUAUCGGUUAAUGAGAAAAUUCGGGAAGCAGUUCCAGUCAAAGUUGAAGUCUAUGGUUCUGCUUCAGACCCCAAACUUGCUGAGGUCCGUGCUCGUGGAUUGCCUGAAGAUCAUGUUGGAGCAGUUAGAGUUAUAUGUUUUGAAGGAAUUGACAGUAACAUGUGCUGUGGCACCCAUGUUUCCAAUCUCAGUCAAUUGCAAAUUAUAAAAUUACUGAAGAUUGAAAAAGGGAAGAAAAACAAAACCAAUUUGUUUUACCUCACUGGCAAUCGUGUUCUGAAGUAUUUGAGUCGUGGUUAUGAAGCAGAGAAAUCUCUUGUUGCUGUCUUCAAUAGCCCCUUGGAGCAGCAUGCAGACCUUGCAGAGAAGUUGAUCAAGACAUCAAAAUCCUCCCAGAAGGCAUCAUUGCUUCACGAUAUUGCUUCCUUGGAAAUAAGACACUUCAAUUCCCAGGAGCCAAAAGAGCCACUUUUUGUACUGCACCGGAAGGAAGCAGAUAUGGACUUCAUGAAUUUCAUAUGUCGAGAGAUGAGCAACCAGGAGGUGACACUUUUCCUGACAGGUGGAGAUGACAAAGGCUCAGGUUUAUUCAUGUUGGUUGGCAAAGAAGAUCUGGUGGCAGAUGUAGGACCAAGUGUUGCAAAAAUUCUUGAUGGUAAAGGUGCUGGUAAGAAGGGCCGAUUCCAAGGAAAAGCAAACAAAAUGGCAAAUCGCGAUGAAGCAAUCAAAGUAAUUCGAGAAAAACUCAUGUUAUCUUAAAGAAGGUUUUGAAGAAAAAGCAACUUUUGUGAAAUGAAAUACUG